UUAACACAGAGCAGAUUCCUCACUGACCAUCUUUUGAACCAGUUUCCCCCUUAUAUUAAUCUGAGCCAAGUUAUAAAAGGCCUGAAUCCUGUUAUCGAGGUACUGGAGUCCUGAGAUCCAAGCAAUGAACAGAAAAGUAGACAACUGCAGCCUAAUGGGUGGUGAGAUCCCACUUUCAUCUGGGUUCUUUAAAGUGAUUAAAAAUGAGCUGUGGUUGUACCUCGUCCCAGCCGCUCUGGCUGCCCUGCUACUGGCUCUCUUCCUGGAGGAGGUUGGCUUCUUCCUCCGCCACAUGCCUUCAUCCAGACGCAGGUGCCUCAGCCUCUGGAUCCUGGGCAUGUAUCCGGUCUUUGGAAUGACCUCCAUCAUUGCACUAUAUGUACCUCGGUCCUCCUCAUUCUGCAAUUUUAUAGCUUCUUUAUAUCACUCCAUUACACUGUUGAAGUUCAUGGGUCUUAUAGAAAACUUCUUUGGAGGGAAGGCCCGAUUGUUUGAGGUGCUGGCGGGGGAACAGGUUUCUCCUGACCCUUUUCCCUGCUGUUGCUGCUGCUGUUUGCCCCUAAUCAACAUCAACAGGACAAGUAUGGGAUGGAUGAUGGUUGCAGUCCUCCAGCUCUCUGUGGUCAGAACUCUUGUGUUCUUCAUCACACUUGUCCUCUGGACCGACGAACAGUAUGACUACGGGGAUGUUGAUUCAGUUGAUCCAAACAUUUAUGUAAAUGCAAUCAUUGGAGUGUCCACCUUCUUGUCAUAUUAUGGCUACCUGCUGUUUUAUAAGGCAACAAAGAGAGCGCUUCACGGCUAUGGGCUUCGAGCCAAAUUUGUUUGCAUCAUUGUUGUCUUAGUCCUGUGUGGACUUCAGAAUGGAAUUUUGGAAACUAUGGGGGCACUAAAUGUUGUGCCCUGUGCACCUCCAUUCUCUGCUCUGUUUCGCUCUCAGUUAAUCUAUCACUAUUCAGUAAUCGUGGAGAUGUUCUGCAUCAGCCUUUUUGCUCGCAACACAUUCCGUAAAAUGGAGCCCAGUCCAGAGGAUGCAUAUAGUCUUGAGGAAGGAAUCAGUCACAAAGCCAUUCAAACAGAAGCGCAGGUACCUUUUGCAGUGCAGCUCAGCACACAGGCAGAGGAGCCAUGGUGCUCUAACCCCGGCUACAGCAGUGAUAGUGAAGACAGCUUGUGCAGAAUUGAACAUGCUCCACUGGACCACUUUCCUUUUCCCUUACAGUCCAAGCCUCUGGAUUUGUCAGAGAUAGACACGGAUAAGCUACCUGAGGAGUGUAAGAGCACAGAACCCUCAACCAUAACAGUUAGUGCUGAGAUAAACUAUGUGGUAAAUUCUGAUGUCACUGUUGUAUAGCAGCAGACAUAUUAAGCCAGAUAAAACCACUGAUUAUCUCUCUACUUUCAGCUCGUCUCAGCAGCUGUGUUAAUUCUCCAAAUGACAAAAAUCCCAGAACCUUGAUAGCGUUCGGUCUCUGUGCUUUAAUCAGUAAACAAUGGCUUUAAGUGUGAGCAUGUUUUAUAUGACUUGAUUUUAUAUUAUGUAUGCCAUUGUAAAGUUCUUUUCUUGCAAACCUGAUGAGAUAUUACAGUUGUUUUGUAUGAUACCAAAAUAUUUAGUGUAGUAUUUAUAAUGUUAUGUGUAGUAUAUUUGUGUAAAGUAUUUUUUCAUCAUCAUAAUAAUAAUAAUUUUCCAUAAUAAUGUCAUUUUGGUCUAUCCAUAUUUAGUAUAUAAAUUAAACUUCCCAAUUCACAAACUAAAUUAACAAAUAAUAAUUUAUCACAAAACAUCUCAAAACCAAUAAUCUACCUUAAUGCAAUGGGCAAACCAUAAUUACAGUAAAUAAGAUAUACUGUACAGUAGGCCUAAUAUGGUUUGUGCAAUAAGUAUGUACAGUGAACAUAAACAAUUCUUUUAUAUAAAUACAUAUAUCAAAAUCAUCUAUUUUAUGACAGCUGUAUGAUAAUUUUUGAACAUGAGAUUGACUGUUAUUGGUUCAUUCUGAACACAGCCACAUCCCCAGUGUGAAUACUUAUACAACCAAAUUAUUGUAA